UCCGGGGCGGCCGCCCUGCGGCUCCUGCGGCGCCGGCUGCCCAUCGCCGCCUGGCUGCCCGGCUACCGGGUGGGGCCCUGGCUGCUGGGGGACGCGCUGGCCGGGCUCACCGUGGGGAUUGUGCACAUCCCCCAGGGCAUGGCCUUCGCCCUCCUGGCCUCCGUGGCCCCCGUCUACGGGCUCUACACCUCCUUCUUCCCUGUCAUCCUUUACAUGCUCUUUGGCACCGGGCGCCACGUCUCUACUGGCACCUUUGCCGUGGUGAGCCUGAUGACGGGCUCCGUGGUGGAGCAGCUGGUGCCCUGGCCCCUGGAGCCCAACGCGACCAGCGCGGUGCUGGCCCGGGUGGAGGAGCGGCGCAUUGGCGUGGCAGCCGCCAUGGCCUUCCUCGUGGGGCUCCUCAUGCUGGUGAUGUUCGUGGUGCAGCUGGGCUUCCUGGCCACCUACCUCUCGGAGCCCAUUGUCAAGGCCUUCACCAACGGGGCCGCCCUGCAUGUCCUGGUCUCCCAGCUGCCCAGCCUGCUGGGCCUGGCCCUGCCCCGCCCCACUGGCUCCUUCACCAUCUUCAAGACGCUGGCAUCGGUGGCGCGGGCGCUGCCCCGGACCAACGUGGCCGAGCUGCUCAUCUCCGCCCUGUGCCUGGCCCUGCUGGUGCCCAUCAAGGAGAUCAACAGCCGCUUCCGGAGCAAGCUGCGGACGCCCAUUCCAGGGGAGAUCGUGGUGGUGCUGGCGGCCACCGGCGUCUGCUUUGCCUCCUCCCUGGACACGCGCUACGACGUGCAGAUAGUCGGCCACCUGCCCGCUGGGUUCCCGCAGCCCCAGCUCCCGGCCCUGCAGUCGCUGCCCCAGGUGCUGGGGGACACGGUGGCCAUCGCUUUCGUGGCCUAUGCCGUCUCUGUGUCGCUGGCCAUGAUCUACGCCGAGAAGCACGGCUAUACCAUCAACCCCAACCAGGAGCUGCUGGCCCACGGUGUUUCCAACCUGGUCUCCUCCCUCUUCACCUGCUUCCCGAGCUCGGCCACCCUGGCGACCACCAACAUCCUGGAGAGCGCGGGGGGGCACACACAGCUCGCCGGCUUCUUCUCCAGCGCGGUGGUGCUCAUGGUCCUCAUGUGGCUCGGACCCCUCUUCCGCUACCUGCCCAAGGCUGUCCUGGCCUGUAUCAAUGUCACCAGCCUGCGCCAGAUGGUCCUGCAGUUCUGGGACCUGCCCGAGCUCUGGAGGAUCAGCCGGAUUGACUUCGCUGUCUGGGUGGUCACCUGGCUGGCCGUGGUGGUGCUGAAUGUGGACGUGGGCCUGGCCGUUGGGGUCGUGUUCUCCAUGAUGACAGUCAUCUGCCGCACGCAGAGGGCCGAGUGCAUGGCGCUGGGCAAAGCGGCCAACACGGAAAUCUACCGGCCUGUCCAACGCCACAGCAAGUGCUUUGAGAUCCCUGGCGUGAAGAUCAUGGUUUACCACGCCCCCAUCUACUACGGCAACCGUGACUUCUUCCGCGAGGCGCUGAGCGAGCGGCUGGGCCUGAGCCGGCCGAGGGGCGGCCGGGGGGAGAAGGCGCUGCGGGCCUUGGAGAGUGGGGCCCAAAUCAGCACUGUGGAAAACUGUGUCCCCAGCUCUGUGCCCGAUGGGGGAGCCGGGUGCCCCAGCUCAGGCGCCGCUGGCAGGACCCAGGCCGCCAUCCUCGAUUGCAGCGGGAUUGUUUUCGUGGACUCCGCCGGGGCCCGGCUGCUCAUUCAGAUGUGCGUGGCGUGCCAGAAGGCCGGCAUCCGCAUGAACCUGGCAGCAUGUAACGGCGAGGUCCUGGAGACGCUGACCAGCAGCGGCCUGGGGCAGCACCUCUCCCCACAGCAGGUGUUUGUGACGGUCCAGGACGCCCUCGCAUCCAUCACGCAGACCACGGAAAAGGUGGCCGAGAAGAAUCCAGCGAUCUGGGUGUAG